AUGUCAUCAUCAAUACCAGAAAUAGUUGAUGUUGUUAUUGUUGGUGCAGGUCCAACUGGAUUAUUAUUAGCUUGUCUUUUGUCUAUUUAUGGUAUUAAAUUUCGUAUAAUUGAUAAAUCUGUUGAUCAUACAACUCAAUCACGUGCGUUAGUUGUUCAUGCUCGUUCCCUAGAAAUUUUAGAUCAAUUAGGAAUUGGAAAUGAAGCUGUUCGUCGUGGUGAAAUCGCUAAAAGUUUUAGUGGAUUUUUCCAUGGAAAAAAACGAUUAGAAGUUAAUAUAAAUAUAUUAAGAACACGAAAUUUAACUAAAUAUCCAUAUAUACUUAUAUUGGAACAAUCAAAAACUGAAGAAUUAUUUGAAGAUUUUCUUCUUAAACGUAAUAUUCAAAUAGAUCGACAAUGUGAAUUAAUUAACUUUAAUGAAGUUUGUGAUAAUAAUAAUGAGUUAAUUGAAUGUACAAUUAAAGAUUAUCGUGAUAAUAUUGAAGGAAAAUUAAUAAAAAUUUGUACAAAAUAUUUAUGUGGUUGUGAUGGUGCCCAUUCAAAAGUUAGACAAAAUCUUAAAUUAUCAUUUCCUGGUAAUACAUAUGAAGAAACUCUUUUUGUUAUUGAUUGUCAUGUUAAAUUUUUGGAUCAGUCAAAAAGUGAAAAAAUAAUAAAUGAUGUAGAAUUUAAUCUAACAAAAUCUGGUAUAUGUCUUUUAUUUCCAUUGAAAGAUCAUGAAAAUGAUAAUAGAUAUCGUGUUAUUGGUACUAUUCCACAUGAACUUUUAAAAUCUUCAAAAGAAUUAAAAUUUGAAGAUAUUCAAUUAUGUAUUAGUAAACAUAUCGAAAGAAAAAUUGAAUUAUAUAAUUCAUUAUGGAUGUCAACUUAUCGAACACAUCAUCGUUAUGUUGAAUCAUUUUCAUUUAAUAAUAAAUAUUUUUUAUUAGGUGAUGCAGCACAUAUUCAUUCUCCUGUUGGUGGUCAAGGUAUGAAUACAGGUCUUCAAGAUGCUUUUAAUUUAGCUUGGAAAUUAGCUUUUACUAUACAAGGAAAAACAAUAAACAAUAAUCAAUUAUUAAAAACUUAUAAUGAUGAAAGAAUUCGUGUAGCAAAAGAUCUUGUUAAUUCAACUGAUCGUAUAUUUACAUUUAUGACAAGUUCGAAUUAUAUUAUUCAAUUUUUAAGACUCAAUAUUUUACCAUAUAUUUAUCAAUGGAUUUUUUCUCCUUUACUUAAUUAUAUUUCAUUUCUUCGAGAUGCUUUUUUUAAACGUAUAUCAAUGAUUGGAAUUCAAUAUCAUCACAGUGAACUUUCUAUAACAACUGAAGAUUUAAAAAAAGAUAAAAUUCAAUCAGGUGAUCGAAUACCAUAUGUUUAUACUCAUUCUGAUAAUUUAUUGUCGUUAGAAUCGACAAACAAUAAUAAUAAUAAUAAUAAUGAUGAUGAUGAUGAUGAUAGUCGAAUUUAUUUUCAUCUACAUGUUUUAAUUAAUCCAAAAAGAGUUAAUUCAAACAAAUUAUUUCUAUUUGUUAAAUUUAUUCAAGAUUAUUAUUCACAUUUGAUUAAAAUACAUGAAUUUCAAUAUUCUGAAGAUACAAAAGAAAUUUUUCAUGCUUUUGGUGUAAAUAAGAAUUCCGAGGGUGCCGCUUUUCUAAUUCGACCUGAUCAAUAUAUUGCCUAUUGUACAAAAACAUUUGAUAUUCAACAUUUUAACACUUAUUUUUCAAAAUACUUUUCCCAACGCAGGGUCUAA